AUGGCGAUUACGAGCACCGUGAUGCUGAAGCCGGCUCCGCACCCGGCGGCGCCGCUCGCCGGCGAGAAGGUGGUCCCCCUGACCGUCUUCGACCGCGCGGCGUUCGACCUCUUCGUCCCCAUCGUGUUCGCCUACCACGCGCCGGCGCCGUCGAACGAGGCGCUCAAGGAGGGCUUCCGGACGGCCGUCGCCGCGUACCCUCACAUGGCGGGGCGCCUCGCCGCCGACCGCCGCGGCCGGCGUGUGAUCGACGUCAGCGGCGAGGGCGUGCUUGUGGUCGAGGCCACCGUCGAGGCCGACCUGGCCGACGUGCUCGCCACCCACGUCGCCACCGACCUGUACCCUGCGGCGCCGGAGGAGGAGGAGGGCUACUUCGGGGCGGCGCUUAUGCAGGUGAAGCUCAGCCGCUUCAGGUGCGGCGGCCUCGUCGUCGGCUUCAUCGUCCACCACCAUGUCUGCGACGGCCACGCCAUGAGCGCCUUCUGCGUGACGUGGGCGAGAGCGGUGCGCGAGGGCAAGGCGUUCGACGUCCCGUCUCCAUCCCUUGACCGCGCGAUCACCGGCGUGGCACGUAGCCCGCCGGCGCCGGUGUUCGACCACCGGUCCAUCGAGUUCAAGGGGGGUGACCACCAAAGCAGAAGCAGCGACACGUCGUCCGGCACCGCCGCCGCCGUCGACAUACCCACGGACAACAUCAGAAACCUCGCCGUGCACUUCACGGCCGAGUUCGUCGCCGAGCUCAAAGCCCGCGUCGGCGGCCGGUGCAGCACGUUCGAGUGCCUGAUUGCGCACGUGUGGAAGAAGAUCACGGCGGCGCGUGGCCUCAAGCCGGAGGAGUUCACGCGGGUGAAGGUGGCCGUCAACUGCCGCCGCAGGGCGAGCCCGCCGGUGCCGAUGGACUUCUUCGGCAACAUGGUGCUCUGGGCGUUCCCGAGACUCCAAGUGCGGCGCCUCCUGAGCUCGAGCUACGGCGGCGUGGUCGGCGCCAUCCGUGCCGCCGUGUCCCGCAUCGACGCCGACUACAUCCAGUCGUUCGUCGACUUCGGCGAGGUGGCGGACGCCGGCGGCGAGGAGCUCGCCGCGACGGCGGCGGCGCCGGGGGAGAGGCUGUGCCCGGACCUGGAGGUGGACAGCUGGCUGGGGUUCAGGUUCCACGAGCUGGACCUCGGCAGCGGGCCGCCGGCCGCCGUGCUGGCCCCGGACCUGCCCGUCGAGGGGCUGAUGAUCCUCGUGCCGUCGCGCACGGCGAACGGCGGCGGCGGCGUCAACCUGUUCGUGGCCUUGGCGGAGGAUCACGCGCAGGCUUUCGAGCAAAUCUGCUACUCGUUGGAGGAACAUCCUGCCAUACUGUCUCACCUUUGA